AUAAGCCCAGGCACGGGGCUGUGUGUGUCCCCAGGCUUCCUGGGACCCUGGCUGGGGUGGGGGGACGAGAGCAGCGUCCUACUGAUGUGCAGGAUGGAGCUGCCCUGCGCCUUCUUCCUCCUGUGGCUUGGCCUGGCGGGCAGCCUGGCUCAGAGCGACCCCAGCCUCAAGGGAGAGGAGUCUUACUCGGACUGGGGCCUUCGGCAGCUGCGGGGCAGCUUCGAGUCGGUCAACAGCUACGUGGAUUCCUUCAUGGAGCUGCUGGGAGGGAAGAACGGAGUCUGUCAGUACCGGUGCCGAUAUGGAAAGGCACCGAUGCCCAGGCCUGGCUACAAACCUCAGGAGCCCAAUGGUUGCGGUUCCUAUUUCCUGGGUAUCAAGGUACCAGGAAGUAUGGACCUGGGCAUCCCAGCAAUGACCAAAUGCUGCAACCAGCUGGAUGUCUGCUAUGACACCUGCGGAGCCAACAAAUACCGCUGUGAUGCAAAAUUCCGAUGGUGUCUCCACUCCAUCUGCUCUGACCUCAAGCGGAGCCUCGGCUUUGUCUCCAACGUGGAAGCCUGUGAUUCUCUGGCUGACACCGUGUUCAACACCGUGUGGACCCUGGGCUGCCGACCCUUUAUGAACAGUCAGCGGGCAGCUUGCAUCUGUGCAGAGGAGGAGAAAGAAGAGUUAUGAAGACAUGAUUCUUCCAGGCUUUGAGUGACACCAUGGCUCUGUUUCAGAGAUGGUGGUGGACAGAAGGGCUGUCCUUUCUUCCAACCCUUUGGAGACUAUGGGCUGGAGAAGGGAGACAGCAAGCCUUGUCCUUUGAGGAAAGUUAAGAAAAAGAGAUGCAGAGGCUGAAGACUGUCCACUCUAACACUGGUCUCCCAGUCAAGACUCAUGAGCCUGGAAAUUCAGUUCUCAGAACAGCAAGCAGAUACCACGCCAUUCCUAGAUCUGAUCACGAUAGUCACAAGCGAAAUCUGGGGGAACCCAAACAUUUGGGAGACAAUGACUUUCCUCUGGCCCAUGUUUCAGUUGCCAGUGAGCACCUCACAUUUAAUAAAGUGCACUUUUUAGAAAACGUGAAGAGAGAUGAAUGAAUUCCAUUCUCACCAUUAGUUCUAUUUCACUUACCGAGAACAGAAUCUGGCCUGGUAAGUUCUGCCAAUGAGGAUUCUCACGGGGGCUCGAGAGACAACAGGUGGGAGAGCAGAGGCUUGGCUGAUGAAGGUGGGCUGGAAUUAGGGCCCCGAGGUUCCAUUUCUCCCUCCAGUAGCCUGCCUCAGGUGGCAAGUUUGGUCUGCCCUGGUUGGUAUGCUCAGACUCCUAGCUGUGUGAGAAUCAUUUGAAGAUCUGAGAUGUGUCUGGUUAGGGCUAGAAGACAUGCUUGCAGCUGACAGGGAGUGACAGGCCAGUCCCUAAAUUGUGGCCCUCAGUACUGACCAUGGAUUAGGAGUUCGUGUGGACCCUCUAAAUGGAGGCAGCCAAGACUCUGUUUGCUGUUCCUGGGCCACCUAUGACACUCUGCAGGUGUCCUGUUGCCCUGAGAAUCUGGACCAUAAUUAGCCAACAAAGUCACACAGGCCAGCUUCAGUCCAAGGCCCGCUGUUUUGUGUGGCCAUUGAGAACACAGCCAUGAUCACUUGUUUAGGUUUGUUUCUAUUUGUUUAAAGCUGCUCUCACCCUGUAACAUCAGAGAAAGAGAGGUAUGACAGAGACCAAAGAUCCCAACGUCUAAAAUAGUCACCAUUGACCAUUUAUAGAGAAGCAUUUCUGUUCUCUGACCCCAAUUCCCACUUCUUCUCUUCCUAAUUUCAUUAAGCUGAACCAGAAUUGCCAAUCACCCCCACGGUAAUUAAAGAGAAAAAGAAGGAACUGUUCAUUGCAACCGCUUUGAGAAAGAAAAAGAAAUCUUUGCUUAUCAUCUUAUAAAGUCAGUUGUUAACUGGAAUGUCAAGGAGCCGUA